GACGCGGGCCCCGCGCCUCCCGCUGUCCUGGCACGGCUUUGGCCCGGAGGGGGCUCGGCGUAUUCCCAGAGGCGUAUCCCCUCUCGCCCCUUCCCCGUGGGACUGAAAAGGAGCCGCGUCGCAGUUAGGCGGCACCGCGACCGCCAGGGCCGUCCCCGGUUCUGUCAUAUGCUGUUACGAGAUCAUAAUCUAACAACUCGACAGCCUUUCCACCAGCUUCUGCAAAAGAAACCAUCUCUUCCAUCUGCAGUAUGGCACCGUGCAGUAAGAGGCAUGUUUAUUCAAACUCAGGACACACCAAAUCCAAACAGCUUGAAGUUUAUUCCAGGAAGGGAAGUGCUGGAGUCGAGGACUAUGGAGUUUUCCACACCAGCUGCAGCCUAUUGCUCACCUUUAGCAAGACAGUUAUUCCGGAUUGAAGGAGUUAAAAGUGUUUUCUUUGGGCCAGACUUCAUCACAAUCACCAAGGAGAGUGAAGACUUGGAUUGGAACUUAAUGAAACCAGAUAUUUAUGCAACCAUAAUGGAUUUCUUUGCCUCUGGCUUACCUGUAGUUACUGACGAGGCACCUAGGACAGAUACAGGUGCUUCAGAAGAAGAUGAUGAAGUUGUACUGAUGAUUAAGGAACUGCUGGAUACAAGAAUCAGGCCCACAGUGCAAGAAGAUGGUGGUGAUGUUAUUUACAAGGGCUUUGAGGAUGGGAUUGUGCAGCUGAAGCUGCAGGGGUCGUGCACCAGCUGCCCCAGCUCCAUCAUCACCCUCAAGAAUGGGAUACAGAACAUGCUGCAGUUCUACAUCCCUGAGGUGGAAGGCGUUGAACAGGUUGUUGAUGACGAUGAUGACGCGGAGAAAGAAGCAAAUUCUACUUGAGCUUCGUCAUGUGUGGCCAAAUAAAUAUUUACUUCCUGGUGUAUGUAAACCAUCUGUGUGCUGAGGAACAGCAAAAUCUGCCUUGUGAGAAAAAUAGUUGUACUUACUGUGAGAAUGUACCAUCACUUUAAACAGUUCAUCCGCUAAUUUAUUAAAUGCCCUGUAUUACAAAAAAA